AUUUCACCCAAAUGACCCAAUGAUGGUAAGAUACCAUUAUCACGGCACCGAUUUUGUUUUCAACAACAAUAACUUAUCUCGAAUUUCAAGAAUAAAAAUAAAAUAACAAUAUAAUUACAGAUCUACCCCAAAUAAUCUAUCAAUAUGUUAAAGUUUAUCAACGUUGUAUGACAAUUUUAUUGUAUAAAUAGAUUGACGAUCGAUUAAAAUAUUAUUUAUUUAAUUUCAAAAUGAGGGUUAAAUUUUUAUUAUUGUUUUUCGUUGCUAUAGCUGCAGCUGUUGUAGACGUUCCUGAAUAUGAAGAUGAUGAAAGAGAGUGGGUCAAAUUCAAGCAACAAUUUGAUAGACACUACUCUCCAGACGAAGAAAUCUACCGUUUAGCCAUCUUCAAAGCCACACUUAAAGGCAUUAAAGAACACAACGAAAAAUACAAGAGAAACGAAGUAACAUGGACCCAGGGCAUCAAUCAAUUCGCAGACUUGACUCACGAUGAGUUUGUCAACAGGUACACUAUGGCCAGAUGGAUUCGACAACAGCAAAAAGCUGAACAACAUCCUGGUCACUCUAAUUCUCAUGCUGUCACCGCUGUAGGUGCAGCUCCUCCUGUAGGAGUUAAAGGGGGACCAGCGAAAACUGACAGACAGAUGUUACGAGUUGGACUUGUUUUACCAGCAGGAUACCACAGCCCAGCCACUCUUGAUAAUGAUGGAGAAAUGGAAUCUGAUGAUAAAGAAUGGGAAAAAUUCAAGACGAAAUUCCACAAACAGUACGCCACACCAUCUGAAGAAUCAUACCGCUUCGCUGUCUUCAAGCUGGCUUUGCAAGCAGUCAGGACACAUAACAAGAAAUACCAAAACCACGAAGUGUCAUGGUGUCAAGGUAUCAACCAAUUCACCGAUUUGACGCAACAAGAAUUUGAAAGUAAAAACAACCUAAAACCACCACAGGGACAUGAACAUGACGGAGAAAAAUUAGGAAGUGACGAAGAAGAAUGGAUCAAAUUCAAGACACGAUUCAAUAGACACUACAGCAGCCCCAAAGAAGAAGCUCGCCGUAAGAACAUCUUCUUGGCCACCUUGAAAGUUAUCAGAGAUCACAACGAAAAAUACAACAGGUACGAAACCAGCUGGCGCCAAGGUGUUAACCAAUUUGCCGAUUUGACUCUUAUUGAAACUAGCUACAUAAUGAUCAAACCACAAUUAGGCACAUACAGUGGAGUGCCAGAACAAAAACCUGAAGAUCAACAAGAACACACUGGAAAUAUCGAAAAAGUUGAGGACGACGAUGAAGCUUGGCAGAAAUUCAAAAAAGAUUUCGACAGGCACUACCCCACCUCAGACGAAGAAAACUUCCGCAAAGGCAUCUUCAUGGCCACCCUUGAAGGUGUCAGGGAACACAACAAAACGUACAAGACCAAAGGACUUUACAGCCAAGGCAUCAAUGAAUUUUUCGACUUGACACAAAAGGAAUUCGCGGCGAGAUACACCAUGAGAGAUUACGUCAGGCGACGAGCUGGACUCACAUCGGAAUCACAGCCACAAAGCAAUUAACAUACUUAAAUUAUCUAUAAAAAUAUAAUGUAUAAUAUGAAAAAUAAAUACAAAAAAAUGUUUUUUA